CUAUCAUGACCCGUACAAAGCAAUCAAGCUUCGGCAUUCGCCAUGAACAUCACACUUCUCGUAAUGGUCUUUCGGAUGUUCGCAACCUGCUAAAGAAGUCUGGAGGCGGAUUGGCUAAUUGGGGCAUGCUAGGAGAAGAAGUGAUGGAUAUUGAACCAUAUGAAACUGGGCAACAUAUUCAAUUUGACACCACUGUAAGAGGCACAGGCAAUAAGCUACAGCUUGUUGACGAAGAAACAUUUUAUUCAAUGCGUCAUCCGGAACAAGAGGUAUGAAUAUUGCCGAAUGCUCCGUUGAUCGUCAGCUCAUUAAUUAAUGGUUAAUUUCCACCCAAAUAGUCCUAGAUGGACCUAAUUUCUGGAGCUUAUCUUGCUUAUGAAAACUAUGAAUAGCCUCUUCUUCUUCUUCUUCUUCUUCCACUUAUCAUUCUCUCUUCUUUACAAAUUAUUAAAACAAAACAAAACAAAAUAAAACAAAAAAAGUCAAUAAAUAAAACAAUAUUUUUUUUCUCAAGUUC